AUGGUUGCCUCUAUUCAUGCUGCACUUAAAUUUCUUGAAGCUCAAAAAACUAGCUCAACACUAUCUUUAACACCUUUAUUAUCAACUAAAAAAAAAUUAGAAGUCUCUUUUAAACUACAACAUGAAUAUAAUACAAGAAGUCUUAAAAUUAUACAACUUGAAAAAGAAAACCAACAAUUAAAAGAAUAUAUCCAAGUUCUUGAAUAUCCUGGAACUACAUCCUUAUCAUCAAUUAUAAAAUAUCCAUCUAUGAAAGCUUCUUCAAGUGAAGAAAAAUCUAAAACUAGAUCUAAAGCUUUUAAAUUUAGAAAUUUAGUAACUUCUGAAGCUAUUACAAAAGAAUUAUAA